UAAUAGCAUGGCAGUAUGCUAUUCUGCCUUAUUAUUAACACUGCACUGCCCCCUGCAGGUCGCAGAUGGAAUGGCUUACAUCGAGCAGAAGAAUUACAUCCACAGAGAUCUGAGAGCUGCCAACAUUUUGGUGUCCGAUGAGCUCAUCUGCAAGAUUGCUGACUUCGGCCUCGCCCGUCUAAUUGAAAAUAACGAAUACACUGCCAGAGAAGGUGCAAAGUUUCCUAUCAAAUGGACGGCACCUGAGGCCAUAAACUACGGCACCUUUUCGAUCAAAUCAGACGUCUGGUCGUUUGGAGUACUUCUGACAGAGAUUGUUACCUAUGGAAGAAUCCCAUAUCCAGGAAUGACAAACCCAGAGGUGAUUGCAAACCUUGAGAGAGGGUACCGCAUGCCUUGCCCCGAUAACUGCCCCGAGGACCUAUAUAAUAUCAUGAAACACUGUUGGACAGAGAACCCAGACAAUCGACCCACAUUUGAGUAUCUGCGCAGUGUUCUAGAGGACUUUUUCACCGCCACAGAGAGACAGUACCAGGAGCAGCCCUGCUGAAAAGAUUUAUCUUAGUAAACUUACAGUCCACGGGGUCACAUUAAAGACUUGUAUUGAAAAAUAUUCCAAAAUACAGUUAAAGUCAUCUUUAGUUAAAAGAAAAAAAAAUUGAUUUUAUGUCUUCUAAUUAAAAUGUUUUCAAUAAUCAUGAUUAACAGUUCAAACAUGGAUUUUGUCUUAGCUUUGUCCACAGAAUUGAUGUGUAAAACAGGUGCAUGUAUAGUUUUUCAGCAGAUGGAAAAAGAUUUUUAUUUUUAUUUUUUAAUGACAAACUCGACAGGAAAAUCUUUGGCUACAGGUGUGCUCUCAAUUAAUAAAUGAACGCCCUGCUUUGUGUUCUUCCUUUGAGCUUUUAUUAUUUCUUCUUUCUGCUCUCAGAUUUGUGAUUUUUUUAUAUAAGCAUAUAUAACUGCAUCAUGAAAUAUUGAGCCAGUAAAACAGUCCAAGAGAUAAAUGGGCCUCAUUCUGUCUCAUUUCAUUUGUUUUGACAAAUUGCUUUCAGAUUCAGUGACCAAUUCUGUUAAAUAUCUACAUCUU